ACACAUGCAUGCACGAAAGCACAAACUCGUGAAGCCCACCAGAGCUAGCUAACGUUCAGUUGAUCAUACUCCUCUAACGGAGUAACAUUGUGGCAAACACAAAAAAACACACACACACACAAAACAUUGUGUUCAAAAUAAAUGUGUCUACUAAUGUAUUUUGUUUAUUUUUUGUUUAUUUCAACACAAAAUCAAAUCUACGUGUUCAAUGGAUUAUAAUGAUCAGCAAUUGAAAUAUUAUUGCAAUUGAAUAUUUGUCCAACAUACGAAUAUUUAUGAAGAUAAACAUUAACAAAUAUCUCGAGAUGAAAGUAUACUAUUUUUUAUAAUAAAAAAAAAAUAUAAAUUGUGUGAAUUCAAAAGAAAGAUCUCAAAAGAAGAAGAAGAAGAAGAAGAAGAUGCAAGAUGAAAGAUGAGAAAUAAAUGUACACAGGUGGAAUAUCCAGGUGUAACAGUUGUUUUUCUCAUUCCCAUUCUCUAGUUGACUACUGGUUGUGUUCAGCCGAGCUUGCGAAAGUAACCGGAAGUUAGUGAGAGAGAAAGAAAAAAAAAAGGGAGAGAAGGGACAUCCAGGAUGUCCGAGGAGUUGCGCACGCAACGUUUAGGGACGUUGUCACACGGAGAAUAUACGAUGGAAAAUGAAGAAGAAAUUCAGUAUGCACCUAGAAGUCGUCCUGUUAGUUUUUAUGACAAUUUUAAGGACGUAUCGAUAAUGCCAACAUGCGUGACCUCAGCGAUGAGCGUUGGUAAUUUGAGUCAGGUUCGAGAGAACGAUAAUACUUCAUCGAAUCUACCACAAACUAGUAACAAUAAUAAUAUUAAUAAUAAUAAUAAUAAUAAUAGGGUUAGCAGUGCUAUGAGUGCUGGUAAUGUUUCCAAAAUUCACACUGUCAGAGUUACGGGUGCAUUAUCGAUGGGUAACAUUGGUAAAACAUGUAGAAAUGAUAAAAUGGAAAAAGAACUUGGACGUGCACCAUCGAUGGCCAAUUGUUUGUCAACCACAGUUCCCGUUAAUCUUGCUGCUUCACAAAUAGCAGGUAGACACACACCCACAAGAAAUUCUCUCAGGCACAGUAGAAUGAUCGUACUCAAUCGUAAUGGUCAAAGAGCACCAAAAUUUUUACCACCAUUGGUUUAUCAUGGACAAUUGGCUAAAUGUUUGGCAGCAUUGCAGACAAUACUUGGGAUUGCAAUUAUUUCAUUAUCUUUAUGGUUGUUAUUAUGGGCUCCAAAUUUACCUAUCACUGAUAACCCAUAUUGGAGUGGAAUGCCUUUAUUACUUUCAGGAAGUUUUGGUGUAUGUUUGUUGUGUUGUUUCAAAAAAGAAUAUCCAGGUAUGAGUCCAGGUGUUUGUUUAACAUUAACCAAGGGUAUCAGUGCAUUGCUUGCAAUAUCAGCAUCUGUUGCUUGCAUCCUAGCAUGCAUUUCAGCAGCAAUGCAUUUGGCACUUCUUAUGAGAUUGGAGUGUACACCUGCACGUGUAUUAAACGCCACGUGUGUUUGUAGGCCACGAGGUGAACAACAAGGAAAUGCAACGAUGACUGCUAUCACAGAUGCAUCAUCAGCUGUUGUCAAAUAUUUGGAUUUAAAUUGUCCCGAAGUAGAAAGUAUAUUAACAAUAUUAUUAAUAUUUUCAUCAACUUGUAAUGCAUUUGGUGCAAUUGUUGCUGGAUGGUAUAGUUAUCUUCAUUGGAGUACCAGACGAAAAAGACCUAAAUAUGUACCAGUUAGAACUAUGGUGUUUGAUUCAACUAGGUGAUGAUAUAUUUAUCAAACUGUUUUCUUUUUUUUUUUUUUUGUUUUUUGUUUAUUUGUUUCAUCGACCAAAGUAUAUAUUCGACGAUUUAAAUAAUAACACAGUGAUGUUUAAAUAAUUUUUUAAAAAGUGAUAUUAUAAAUUCAAUCUAAUGUAAUGUAAAGUAGUACAAGGAUUCUUCUUCUUAUUUUUUUUUCUUUUUUUUUCUUUUUUUUUCUUCGAAACGUUUUUAUCGUUGUCAAGGUUUGCAACUAUGCACAAAACGAUCAGUAUUUAUUUAAAAGAAAAGAGAAAAGAAAAACAAACUUAAACACGUUUCAUACCACGUAUGGAAUUAUCUUAAUUGUAAUGCGUGUAUGUGUGUAUGUAUGUAUGUAUGUGUGUGUGUUUUUAUGCAUGCGUGAUCAGACGUUAAUAAACACGUUUGUUCGUAUGAAAGUUUAAACGAGAUCUGUUAGAAAUAUUUCUCAAUUUAUAAAAACGAAAGACUACGAAAAACUGCAUACCUCAGUGUGUUAGAUUAUUUCGACACUUGCUAAUUUAGCAAUAAGUACCUAACAAUUUUAUUACGCAUAUAAAUAUAUAUUUUAUAUAAUAAUAAAUAAAU